CAUUUAAUGCUUUCGGAGUAUGAUAUGACUACUCGACGACUGAGAAAAACAGCUCUAAAAACCUUCUCCUUCUCAUUUCUCUUUCCCCUCCAGCAUCACUUUGAAUAUGUCUUCACAUACAUGGUUUUGAAGUGCAGAAAUCUUUUUUGUGGUUGAAAAGGCUCGAAGAUCUGCAAUUGUCCUCUGGUCAUGGAAAUGGCUGCAUUGAAAAGAAAAUCACACAGCCCAGUGGUAUCGUCAUCGAGCAGUCCUUGUAUGACAAGAUGAUUAAAUGACUCGAGUGUCGGCCUUUUAGAGCAUAUGAUUAAUGUAUCGCUGCUAUUUCCCUUUGUCUUGUGAUAACAGGGAUUAUCCAUGCUAAACGUCACUCAAUUGUAGACUGACCAUAAACAAUCUGGUAAAGCAUGUUAUCAAUUGGUGUCUGGAAGCUUGUUUUGAGGAUAUAAAGUUGUUGCAAGUUUGUCAUUGGUGAACCGUACUUGAUAUCUGCAAGUGAAGAUGGGGGCUGAAAAACAUGGUUCAAAGAGUGGAGGUGGUUAUGUUGGUGGGUUGCUACAUCUAUUUGAUUGGAAUGCAAAAUCACGAAAGAAAUUGUUCUCAAGCAAGCCUAGUAUACCUGAGCUAUCCAAACAGAAAAAGAGAUGUGAUGGAAAUUUACCAAGGACGCGGUUUCAUCUGAUAGAUGAGGAUGAAUUUGUAACUGGAUCAAGUAUAAAAGGAAGUAGCGAUUAUAGUUGUGCUUCAUCAGUGACUGAUGAGGACAUUGGUGGAGUAAGGGCACCUGGAGUUGUUGCAAGGCUUAUGGGACUGGAUGCCAUGCCAACCUGCAAUCUAGCGGAGCCCUAUGCUACCCCAUAUUUGUAUUCACAGUCUCUUAAGGAUUCUAAUUAUCAUUCCAAAAACCUUGGAGGUCACUGUGAAUAUCAAUCAAUCCUGUCAGGCAACUUGCAGAACAAUAUGGUGGCCUCCGUUGGGAAUUCUCUGGAGCCAAAGCGUCCAAAGCCUUUGAGCAGGCCCAUUGAGAAGUUUCAAACCGAAGUAUUGCCACCUAAAUCAGCCAAGUCAAUUCCAAUCACCCAUCAUAAGCUUUUGUCUCCAAUCAAAAGUGCCAAUUUUAUCCCUUCUGAGAGUGCUGCUCACAUAAUGGAAGCAGCUGCUAGAAUUAUUGGACCUGGACCUCAGGCUACCACUACUAAUGUAAAAAUGCCCGUGGUUGGGUCUUCUUCUGUUCCCUUAAAAGUAAGAGACUUGAAAGAAAAGGUUGAAUCUUCUCAAAAACCAUCCAAAUCCAGUGAGGUGUCUCGACAUCCAAUUGAAGCUAAUGCUUUUAAACAUCUCAAGGGACAAUCCCUAAAUAAGAGCUGGAAUGGAUCAGCAGAUACAACAUCAUCAAAGAUUUCUUCCAACUCAGAAGAAUGUUCAUCUACUGCCAAAAGCAAAGGUAAAUCCAUCUCUCUGGCAUUACAGGCAAAGGCCAAUGUUCAGAAAAGAGAAGGUUUAAAUUCAAACACCAGCAGAAUUUUGAGUGGCCAGAAAGAAUCUCCUGAAGUCAUUUCGAGCGAGUUUUUCAAAAACCGAGCAAGUAGUCAAAAGAGCACACAGAAGAAACCAUCCACUCUUGCAGAUUCUAAUGUCCUUCGACAGAAUAAUCAGAAACAAAAUUGCUCAGUUGAUAGAGGAAAGCAAAUGUCUAAGCCAUCUACUACAAAUGUGCAAGGUGGGAAACCACAUAAUGGAAAUUCCUCGUCUGCACGAUACAAAAGCGCAAGCAAAAAUGCUUCAAACUCUAAAGUUGUUUCCAGGAGGUUGAAUACAGAAGGAAUGAAUAGUAAAAGAGAAGAUUCUUCUUCCACUACCAGAAAUAUCACUUGCAAGAAGAGGUCUAUAGAUGGCAAUUUUCAGUUUGAGAAAAACCGUACUUUGGAUAACAACGUCAUUGGCAAGAAUGGAAAGUUGAUCGAAUCUAGCACAUUGGCGGACAAGCAGAAUAGUCUCACAGAAGCUUGCAAAAGAAAAGGAACGGAUGUUAUUUCUUUUACAUUCACAGCUCCAAUGACAAGGUCAUUUGUUCAUGGUCCUGAGGCAUUUAGAGAAGUAAGUGAGAAAAAUAGUGAUGCCCUUUCUGCUGAUUGUAGAGGUAAAAGGUCAUCGCAAACUUCGGAUAACAUGCAUAAGAAGUUUUCUCUCUUUGGACCUAAUAUUAUAGGAGGUGAUGCAUUGAGCACUCUUUUGGAGCAAAAGCUAAGGGAAUUAACUCAUGCAGUUGAGACUUCACGCAUCAAGGCAGGGACAGGUUGGACUUCCCCAUCCAUUUUCCAGGAUUCUAUGCCUGAUCUAGAUGCAUUAUCCUCUUCAACCAGUUUGCUUGAUGAUAGAAGUCGAGAUGCAAUCAACAGAGAUCAUAUUGUUGACAAAUGUAACUCUGGCUUUUCAACUGAUCUUCAGGGAUUCAUAAUGAAACACAAAUCCCAGGUGACUGAUCAAGCUAUGGAUAACAAUAGCAGAAACAACUUUGACGCAAGACAAUUCCUCCACCAUCGACUUCCAAGUCCUGUAUCUGUUCUUGGGCAUUCGAUUUUCACAGAGAGUUGCAAUUCUUCAGAUACAGCAGAUAGCAUCAAUACUGGAGGUAGCAAAGAAAGUUCAUCAGUAAAUGCUCAGGAAGUGCUUGGUAUUAGUUGUUUUAAGAAUCCCCAUCUAGUGGAUAGUGAAACCGAGUUGUCAGACUCAGCCUCGUCCAUGUCCACUGUAAGCAUAAGUGAAAAGCAAGCGGUUUCCUCAUCAAUGACAGAGCUCAAUCACUCGGCAAAAUGGGAACUGGACUAUGUGAAGGAAAUGUUGUCCAACAUAGAGCUGAUGUUCAAGGAUUUUGCAUUGGGUAGGGCUGGUCAGAUAAUUAACCCUGGCCUCUUUGAUCAGUUGGAAAGUCAAAAAACAGUGUUGUGUAAGGACGAACCCAAAAUAAGCCGGCAAGUAUUAUUUGACAGUGUUGCAGAGUGCCUGGACAUAAGAUUUAGGAGGUAUGUUGGUGGCGGAUACAAAACAUGGGUAAAUGGUCUGUCCUUGGUGAGAAGCAAGGGGAAACUUGCAGAGGAAGCAUACAAGGAAAUUUCGGGGUGGAAUGACAUGGGGGACUGCAUGGUGGAUGAACUUGUAGGCAAAGAUAUGAGCAGCAAACACGGAAGAUGGCUUGACUUUGAGAUUGAAGCAUUUGAAUUGGGAGUGCAGAUUGGGAACCGCAUACUUAAUCUAUUACUAGAUGAAGUCAUAGCAGACAUAUUGGUACCCUAAUGGCUCAAGCUGCAUUAGCUUGGUUUAUUUUCAUUUUGCGAAAAUCCUAUAGAAUUGAACAGGAAAUUCGUCCUGUUUAGAAUUUUGCUUGAGAUUGUUAAGAGGUUUUUUUUGGAAUCAUAAAUAACAAAAGUUACUCUAGAGAACCUCUUUCUGCUUGAAAAGAAAAGUUCUGGCCUUUUCUCA